UAUCUAAACUAUGUAAUUUACAAAAUUGGUAAUUUGGUAUAUGUAACGAGUCUUCGUGUGGCUUGAAAUUGAGAUGACCUCAUGUAGACUCGAGUGUCAUGCCGUCGUAUUAACGUGGCAAUUAGGCAUUGAGCUUUACCGUGUCCCUGGCCCCCCUGAAUAGAGGUGGUUAUCCAAACCCCGUUCAUCUUUUCUCUGCAACUCAAAGCCUCGGCCAGAAUCUUUAGGCCUCUCGAAGAUUCACUCUUUUAUGAUCUAAAGAAUUGCUGGCUUUUUAGCACAAAAAGGCAAAAUGAUGCGUUACUUAAAUGAGCUCUAUCACGACAAAAUGAAGUCUAGUGGUGAAGAUUUGCUUAGUGCAAUAAUCCCUUUGAUGAAACUCCUUUCCCUCACGGUUAUAGGUCUGGUUCUUGCACACCCAAAAACUCAAAUAAUUCCUAGAGCGACAUUUAGGCUCCUCAGCAAGCUUGUUUUUGCUCUGUUCUUACCCUGCCUAAUCUUUACCGAACUCGGUGAAAGCAUUACACUUGAGAACUUUGCUGAUUGGUGGUUUAUACCGGUUAAUGUGUUAGUCAGUACAGCUAUUGGUUGUGUCCUUGGGUUCUUAGUCGUGGUUAUUUGCCGCCCACCUCCUCAGUUUAGAAGAUUCACCAUUAUCAUGACUGCAUUUGGUAAUACUGGAAAUCUCCCUCUUGCCAUUGUUGGAUCAGUCUGUCAUACUGCGGAUAACCCAUUUGGAUCCCAUUGUCAUUCAAGAGGGGUGGCUUAUGUCUCUUUUUCUUCAUGGGUUUCUGUGAUUCUUGUUUAUACCCUCGUGUAUCACAUGAUGGAGCCUCCAUUGGAAUAUUAUGAGAUUGUUGAAGAUGAGGGUGAGAUUGUUGAAGAAGGGGGUGAGAUUGAAGAAGAGCAAACAGUUAAUGAUGCCAGUAGGCCUCUCCUUGUAGAAGCUGAAUGGCCUGGUAUUGAAGAUAAAGAAACUGAGCAUUCCAAAACACCCUUUAUUGCUAGAAUUUUCCAAAACAUAUCAAAUGUUUCUCAGACUUCUUUUCCUGACGUUGAGACUACAGGAGAAGGCGGUGCAAACAGUCCUAGGUCCAUUAGAUGUUUGGCUGAGCCUAAAGUCGUCAGGAGGAUGAGAAUUGUGGCUGAACAAACUCCAAUACAGCACAUUCUUCAACCUCCAACUAUUGCUUCUUUGUUAGCUAUCAUCAUUGGGACGGUGCCUCAAUUAAAAGCUUUCCUCUUUGGAUAUGAUGCUCCACUAUCUUUUGUUACAGACAGUUUAGAGAUUUUAGGUGGUGCAACGGUCCCUUCUGUGAUGCUUAUUCUUGGGGGUAUGCUUGCUGAGGGGCCAAAUGACUCUAAACUUGGGCUUCGAACUACAGUUGGUAUAAGCAUAGCGAGGCUCUUGGUGCUUCCUGUGCUUGGAAUUGGUGUAGUAGCAUUGUCUGAUAAACUGAAUUUUCUGGUCCACGGUGAUGCAAUGUACAGAUUUGUGCUUUUGAUGCAAUACACAACACCAAGUGCCAUUUUAUUGGGCGCAAUUGCCAGCUUGAGGGGAUAUGCAGUUAGCGAGGCUUCAGCACUUCUUUUUUGGCAGCAUGUGUUCGCCCUCUUCUCCCUUUCUGUGUAUAUUGUUAUCUACUUCAAAAUAAUCCCAUAUGUUUGAGGUUUGGCUAAUAUUUUACUACCUCAAAGGCCCUUCAAUUAGUGGUUAGUGUUUAAAUAUCAUCAGAUUACUGCUCACUCUGUCAAUUACGGUAUAUUACUUAAAUAAGAUUUACAUGUUUAUUUGCUC